CUGUUCGGACGCCAACAAGAAUAUCCUCCUCAGUUGAGCCGAGUCCGCGCGCGUAUUCGCACUUUAAAAAUAAUUUAAUUUUUUUUUUUUUUAAUUUUAAAUUAAUAUUAUACACUUCUUCAUCAUUGCACUUGUAAUUUUUUCUCUCAAAAAUAUUAUAAAAAUAGCAAAAAUCAAUAACUCUAAAUUUUUAUUUUUAAAUUUUUAUUGUUAAUUAACGCGCGUGCCGAUAAAUACUAAAAAAAAAAUAUGACGAGAGUGAUUUUAUCGCGUAAAAGAGAGUAAAGUGAGAAAAAAAAAAGUGAAAAAAUAUAAGUGAAUUUUAAAUAAUAAAGAAAAAAUAAAUCAAGUUUUUUUUUUUGCAAAAUUAAAAAAUAAAUAAACGCGUGUUGACUCGGCGCGGUUCAUUUAUCUUCAAUAACAUUAAUAAUAAUUUUAAAUAUAUAUGCAAAAUUAAAAAAAAAUAAAAUUAUGUGGAAAUAAAUCGAGUGUACAUAUGUGAAAAAAAUAAAUAAAUAAAAUAUUGACAGCGUAAGGAUCAGCACACAUAUUACCAUUUGAAUAUAAAAAAAAUGCCUCGAUAAAGUGACGACAUAUUAAUCCAAGUUGAUUUAGAAAAAAAAAAAGUAAAUAAAUAAAAUAAACAGAGUUUAUCUGAAAAGAAAAUCUCAUUUUUUCUUUACAUAAUAUUUUUGGAUAUCUCAAAGACUAUUGAUAUAAUUAACUCUGUGUAAAUUAAUAACAAAAAAAAAGGAUAAUUUUUAUUUGAAUAAAAUAUUGAAUAAUGCUGAGGCACCAGACAAUUCGAGUUAUGGAAAAAUGAGGAUCAGUCAGGAUCAUUCAUACGAUCAUCAACACCCUACAUUAAAUACUCAUAAAUGACAGAUGUGGAGAGGCCAAUCAGAAAUAUCUCAACACAAAAUGAUCCGCACCUUUGUGUUACUGUGCAUGAUCAUAAUAUCUGUCGCAAAAUGCCACAAGAUACACGAACGAAUGACGGCAGACGAGAGACUGUCAGUGUUCCAGACGUCGGAUGACGAGACUGUGCCAUCAUACGAGAUCGUGCCUGUUCUCCACACGAAUAAUAAAAACAGCUUGUUUGGCGAACCAGAAAUUCACCUUAAGGCAUUUGGAAACAACUACAAAUUGUCCUUGAAGCCAACAGAGGGUCUUAUUAAAUCAGGCAAACACGUAUCCAUGUGGACUGUUUCCAGAAAUGACACAAGUCCAGAUGGCCUUUACUAUGAACAAGUUCCUGAGGGAAAUGCUGAUAUCGGUGAAAUAUAUCAAGAUGCAAAAAAUAUGGCGUCAAUAUUAUUGCAUCGUGAUGUCAAUGGAAAAGUCCUAGUGGAAGGAAACAUUGGAUCGGAUCUGGUUAUUCGAUCGCUUCCAAAACGUAUUACAAAUGAUGUUGUACCAAUUACAGAAAUGUUACACGAGUCAAAUUUACUUCCAAAUGUAACAAGAACUAAAAGAAAUUUGAGUCAAACUCAUCAUCAUGUUGUAUUCAGAAGAACGAGUAGACCACUGGACGAAGAAUUUAGUGAUUUCAUGCUCAUGGAACCAGAUCAUCUGUCAAAAAAGUUCAGGUCUAAAAGAUCCGUUAACUCAAGGAGGUCAAAACGCGAAGCACCUUACGUCAUUUAUCCGGAAAUACUGUGCAUCGUUGAUUACGAUGGUUACAGAUUGCAUGGUGGUGACAACGUUCAAAUAAAAAGAUACUUUGUAUCAUUUUGGAAUGGUGUUGACAUGAGAUAUAAACUUCUAAAAGGACCAAAAAUUCGUAUCAGUAUUGCUGGAAUAAUAAUAUCACGGGGCAGAGAUGCAACACCAUAUUUAGAAAGAAAUCGUGUUGGUCGUGAUGCGAUUGACUCAGCAGCAGCACUGACCGACAUGGGCAAAUAUCUUUUCCGGGAGAGGAGACUUCCGGUUUAUGAUAUUGCUGUUGCUGUGACAAAAUUAGAUAUGUGCAGGAGGCAAUAUGCAAAUGAUGUGUGCAAUAGAGGAACAGCAGGGUUUGCAUAUGUGGGAGGUGCUUGUGUUGUCAACAAACGUCUUGAGAAGGUCAAUUCAGUUGCAAUAAUCGAGGACACUGGUGGUUUCAGUGGAAUAAUUGUUGCAGCUCACGAAGUUGGUCAUUUACUUGGUGCUGUGCAUGAUGGUUCACCACCACCGAGUUAUCUUGGUGGUCCAGGUGCUGAAAAAUGUAGAUGGGAAGAUGGCUACAUAAUGAGUGAUCUUCGACACACUGAAAAAGGUUUCAAAUGGUCACACUGCAGUGUAUCAUCAUUUCAUCAUUUUCUCAAUGGUGACACUGCAACUUGUCUUUAUAAUGCGCCACAUGAAGAUGAAGCACUGCCUCGAGUAUUACCUGGUAAAUUAUUAUCAUUGGAUGCACAGUGUCGUAAAGAUCGUGGCACGAGUGCAUGUUUUAAAGAUGACAGGGUUUGCGCACAAUUAUUUUGUUUUGAUGCUGGCUCGGGAUAUUGUGUUGCAUACAGACCUGCUGCUGAGGGUUCACCAUGUGGUGAUGGACAAUACUGUUUAAAUGGUAAAUGUGUUGCUGAACAUGAAAACAUAAUACCAGAUUAUACACAAAAUAUACCAACGUAUGUUAGACAUGAUACAAUUUACAAUCCUGGAGGACAAAAUGUUCCGUCAUAUUCUCAGCUGAAUGACACAGAUUACAGGUACAAGUGGGAUUCAACAACACAAAGUUUACCAAUGUCUCAAUAUGAGGAAUCAUCCUCGUCAUCAUACAAUGACAAUGAGAAUGAUCAGUAUCAUUCUUCAACUGCAUAUUACUCGACGACAUUGCGUUAUACUCCAUACAUUUACACAACAACAACAACAACAACAACAACACCACCACCAAUAACCACAACAACAUUUAGAACAACAUCAAUAUCAAAUAAUAUUUAUGAUAAAAAAUAUAGCAAAGCUAAUUUAUCAACAACUAAAAAAACACACAAUUAUUAUAAUUGGUUUUACAAUAAUUACUCAACAACUUCACGAAGUCCUAGUACAUAUAGACCGACAUUUAAUAAAAAAUCAACACCAUACAAAUACUCGGUAACACAAACACCAUCAACAACAACAAAAAAAAUAACAACAACAACAACAACUGAUGACCCAAAUCACCGCGUCAAUAAUGGCGAAACACUGGACGAUGAAUGCACGGACGUAGGAUCAGACUGUGCAGAUAUGAUCGACAGGCUGAAACCGUGGCUGUGCCAUCUAAAAACAGUGAAAAAACGUUGCUGCGCGUCUCUGAAGGGUCUUUGUCCCUGAAAUAAUAAUUAUAAUAUUACUAAAAAAUUAAAUAAAUAAAUAAAACAUCAUCGUUAAAGACAAAAUAAAUUAAAUUAAAUGAUAAUAAAAAAUAUAGAUAUACUUAUGCCAGAAUUCCGAAGAAAUAAAAAAACAAAAAACAUUUUUUUUUUAUUUUUUAUAAUAACAUGGUUUAUAUAAAAAAUAAAUAAAUAAAUAAAUAAACAAUCAAAGUCAUUGGAAUGUAAUUUUAACAAUAGAUGGUAAAUUGUUAUUGACAAAAAUGAUAAAAUAUAAUUAUGUAAAUGAUAUUUGCAGUACGUUAAUUUUAAUUAUCAUUAUUUUUCAUUUUUUAUCGAACAAAAAAAUUAAUAAUCUAUCUAACAAUAGAUUAUUUUUAAAAUUAUUAAUUAUAAAUAUAUAUAUUAAUAUCGUUGAUAUUUUACACUUGCAAUAGUGCAAAUAAUAUUUUUUUUUAUAUUUUUUUUUUGACUAUAAUUGUAAACGAAAAUUAUUACGAAAAUAUUAUUAAAAUAAUCAUCGUGAUUUUGAUUUUAUUAUUAAUUAUUAUUAAUUGGUUAAUUGUUUAAAAUUUUUUUUUUAAUAUUAUUAAUAACUGAGUAUAUUUAUUCAGUAAAAAAAAAUUUUUUUAAACAUAAAUAAUUAAAAUUAAGUAAAAAAUUUCAUGUAAAAAAUCAAAUGAUUGAUAAUUUUUUUUUUUUUAAUUAUUAAUAGUGAUCAAUUAUUUAGUGGCUUAUUUGUUGUUAAUUUUAAAAUUGCUUACACAAUGAAAAAGAAAAAAAAAUUAAAAAGAAAAAAAAAUAAUACGAAAAAGAUUUAAAAAAACAAAAAAUAAAUUUUAAAUUAAAAAAAUCAAAAUUUUUGAUUUUAUUCAUUGUGAUAUAUCCUUGUUUGUUAAAAUUAAAAAAAAUAUAUAUUUCGAAGAUUGUUUGUAGGUGAAUUGUUAACAAGGUAAUGUAAUAAAAAAAAAAAUUUUUAUUUAUAUUGGUUAAGCACUAAUUAAAUAUCUAUAAAAAACACGUCGUCACAAGAAUGUAAAUAUCAUCCAUGGCGCUUUGAAUUGUAAUAAAAGAUAAUAUAAUUUA